UAGAUCGGGGCGCGCGAGCCUUAUUUCAGUCAGGUGCCAGGCGCCGAACGCGAUACACCGUACAUCGUAUUCCACUCCAACCUAUAUACGCAGCCUUAUACGAGCGCACUGCCUUCGCCGGUUACGCAUAGUUUAGUAUUCGCGAAUACUAAACCAUGAUUAUUUCUUUUAAACUGAGAUCCAAGAAAACUUAAUAAUAAAUAAAUCGUGUAUUUUUACUGUGAUUCAGUGACAACUUGCAGUGAUUAACUUUGCCGCCCAAGGAUGUCACGCCACGUCCUUCUGUCUCGACUGGCAGAGCAGUUUCAAGCUUCUUCGCCGCCGGCCCAGCGUUUCCCAUCUCCAGAGCGAAGUGUAUCGCCUCACUCACCCACAUCUACGAAGUCACCUCCACACUCUCCAGAUUCCCUUUCGCAUAAUCGCUUAGACAUGUUGCAACUUGGCGACAUUGAAAUUGCAGGGAGAGCACUCAAGCAGUAUGCUAGAGCUACAGAGCUUGGUGCCUUGAUGUACUGCAGCGGGCUGGGUGCGCUUUAUGGCGGCGCAGGAGUAUGGCCCCUAUUGCUGCCACGAGCUUCACCGAAUUUCGUCCCACCUCUUGACCAUAUGAGACAUACCCCACCGCGAGAAGAUGACGAAGAAGAGUUGCCUUUAAAUUUAUCGACAAAAAAUCGUCAAAUUUGGUCGCCUGGUAGUGCUUGCGAGCGAGAGCAAGACAGAGACACAGACUCUUCUACGGGACGCUGGGACGCGCAAGACGACGGCGACGCACCGCUGGAACUGGUCAAGAGGUGCCGGAGCAGUCCCGAUGACGACCACAUUUCCAGCUCGGAGCUUCGACGCUGCCCCUCGGCGCCAGCCUAUCAAACAUUUCCGCCUCCCGCAGCAGAUAUUAACUUUUCAUUAUUACUCAAAAAUGAAAACAAGACUGAAAAAUCAUUUCAGUGCAAACAAUGUGGAAAAUGCUUCAAACGCAGCAGUACCCUGUCUACUCAUCUUCUUAUUCACUCCGACACCAGGCCUUAUCCCUGCCAAUACUGCGGGAAGCGAUUCCAUCAAAAAUCGGAUAUGAAGAAACACACCUAUAUACAUACAGGUGAAAAGCCCCAUAAAUGCGUCGUAUGUUCAAAAGCGUUCAGCCAAAGCUCGAAUCUUAUCACGCAUAUGCGCAAACAUACGGGGUACAAACCUUUCUCGUGUGGUCUAUGCGACAAAGCGUUUCAGCGAAAGGUGGACCUUCGACGACACCGAGAUUCGCAGCAUUCAGAUGUAAUAGAGAAUCCCACUACAAACUUGACAGCCCGUUACCGAUACUAUGGGGAAGAAACCACAUCCCUAGCACCACUAGUUUCUAACUAAAAUAUAAUUUUCAAAACCUGAGUUAUUCCAAUCAUAACUAUUAGAUAUUUAUUUUUUAUUUGACACAUUUAAAACGUAAAAUGAUUGUCCCGGUGAGCAAUAAAUAUAACCAAAGAUCAUUUUAAUUGUUGUUGCCAUCUUUGCAUUUAUUGAUUUAGUAGGGGUACUUAAACAGCGAAAUAUAAUAAGCUGCUUAUAGAAAGCAUGUAUCAAAAUAUUUAAUAAGGAUAACCAACGAGUAGGAUUGACUGUUUUUUUCUGAAUAAGUGCCUUAAAAUGCCUUUUAUAAUGUAAUUUACCUAUCCAUAAAAAUCGUACAGACAACGUGAUCAUCGCUAUAUUUUUCAGCUAUCCGUCCAUUGGAAGUGAUCUAUUUAUACAUAUGUAUAACUUCUAUUUAGUUAAUAUUAAGUAAAGUAUGGGAAUUAUAAUUUAAAUGCAUUCUAGCGAUUAAUUGCUAGUCAUAUCUAACGGAUUUUUGUUUUUAAUAUUGUUUUUGUCGGUACAUACCUACCUAUGGUUGUAAUUUAAUAUAUGCUUAACUGCCUCUUCAUUUAAAAAAAAUCUGGAAAAACGAGAUGGAAAGUAUCUUAUUAAUAAUCAUUCUAUGAAUUAGACUGUGUUUAUAUAUUCUUAAUUCGGUGUGAGUUAGUGCAAAUAUUUAUUUUCGGCAAGUGAAAUUUAAAAAUUGUUUGCACAGCAGAUUGUAUGUGUACGAAAUGUAUGAUUAGUCUUAAGUAAAUGGUGUUUGUAUGUAUAUUAAUUAAUUAUUAUUAGAUGUGUAGAUAUAUCUAUUUUACGCAUCGAAUGUCAAAUGAGUGAAUUUAAGUCUAUUGAAAAAACCAAAGUAAAGUGUCUUGUAGUCGAGUGUAAAACGCUUUAUUUAUAAAAUUUAGUUAAUUUUACACUAAGUUCUCUAUUAGAUCUAUUAAUUAAGGUUAAAUAAUUUACCAUUUUAUUUAUUUUGCUGUGCAUUUGAUUUAAUAAUAAGUUUAAACGAAGGAUUUGCUUAACUAUUACCUAAACAAUAUCGCGUCCGCGUUACCAAUCAAACAUUGUAUUUAAACAUUAAGAAAUUACAUUUGGCAUUGUUAUAAACUGCAACCAUAAAAUUUUAUACCAUAUUGAGACAUAAUAUAAGAACGCUAACAUACGUUACCAUUUUAAAUUAGUACCAUUGUACCUAAGUACGUCUACUCGUUCUACCAUUAAAAAACCUACAUUAAUGAUUCAUUUUAAAGUCUUACCUAAAGAUUGUGAAUGAAAACCAUCAAUUAUUUUCAUAUUUUAAAUUAGUAGAUAUAUAAUUUGGGUGUUUUUACCAAUUUAGUACCUAUGCACCAGCUUUUCACUAGCGACUUCCUUCCUAUAUAUUUCAAAUUGUGCGGUAAAAGUCAACUCCUAUAUAAAUAAAUAUUCAUGUGCGAUACCACAUCCUUAAAAGUUGUUAUAAGCCGUGUUCAAAUCUCAGAUAUUCCAUUCCCAUGCAAAAUUUAUUUGAAAUCGAUUUAAUGUUUUAGCCGUGAAAUAGACAAACAUAUUGUACUAUUUAAAUAUGUAAUAUUAAAAUGUGAAUCGUAGUUAUAUAUUGUACUUUAACUUACGAUAUAAGUUUGGAAUUAUAAUUUUAAUUUAAUCUUGUAUCUUAAAUAAUUAAUCUGUGUUGCAAUUAAUUUCAAUCCAAUAUUUAUUUGUUGUUAUACGUACGGGACCGUAUUUAAUUUGUGUUCCGUGCGAAACGGAUAUACAAGUAGUUGGUAACAUAAUAUGUAGAUACUGAAAUAAACGGCUAGAACACCAAAGCAGUAAUAAUAUAAAAUAUCUUUAUUAAAAUAACUACAUAAUUUUACUAGCUACAUCUUCGUCAUAACAAAAAUUAAGUUCUAAAACUUUGUUGAUUUUUCGAACAUAUAAUCAUAUAUAAUCAUAGUAAGCGGUACAAAUGACAUGCUUAUGCUUGUGAAAAUAAGUUUGAACAUAAAUCCUUAAGAGUUUAAAUUUUGGAUUUGUACAAUUUAAUAUACAGAUAACUAAACUUCGUUAUUAGACCAAUUACAAACAGCUCCCAAUAAAUAAGAAUUUUAUGUUGUAGGUACUUUACCAAUUUAUAAAAUAUAGUUUGUGUAGAUUUUAAGUUCGUAUUAAGAUAGGGCCAGUUUUAAUAAAGUUAUUUAUAAAAA